UGUGUUUCCAAUUUGAAAAAAAGAAUCCAAAAAGAAAUUUCAAAAACAAAAAAUUCAGAUAAUAAUGGAUCUUACCAACACCAAAGCAGCAUUAAAUCUUUGGUGUAGUAAGAAAAAACUGAAAAUUGAUUAUGAUAUCAAAGUUGACAAUGUUGCCAACAAUCAACAUACUUUUCAUUGCGAUAUAAAAAUCGAAACAAUCAAUCAGAUUGUUGGAAGUGGAGAUGGAAAUAAUAAAAAAACUGCUUCAAAUACAGCUGCAUUAGAUGCAUUAAAAUAUCUGGUUGCACAAAAAUAUAUUACCAAAAAUGAAUUGUCACAACAAUGUUUUGAAAUAUUGAAUAUUAAACAACUUUUAUUCAAUGAUUCAUCGGACAAAUCGAUGGUUGUUGACAACAAUCAAAAUCAACAACAACGUUCAAGUAAUAAUAAAGCUAAUAAUGAUAAAAAACAACAACAAAUUAAGAACAAUUCGGAACAAUCAUUUCGUAAUAAUAAUCGAAAAAAUGAUAGAAAUCGCAAUCAAUCUCAUCCGCAUCGUGCCCCUCGACAUCCGGAUUAUUUUAAUGGCCCUCCAUCAUAUGCCGAACAUCAAAUGGACCAUUUUGAUGGUCCACCACAAGGUGAUCAUUUUAAUGUUCCACCACCUGUUCAUUAUAAUGGCCCACCACCUGAACAUUUUGAUUGUCGAUUUGAUGGUCCACCACCAUUUCAUUAUAAUGGUCCACCACCUGAACAUUUUGAUUGUCGAUUUGAAGGUCCACCACCGAAUCAUUUUGCUGGUCCACCACCUGAACAUUUUGAUUGUCGAUUUGAUGGUCCGCCACCACCGGGACCUUAUGAUUACCAGCAACCGUUUCCUCAUCCAUCCGAAAAUCGUUGGCCUCAUCUAAAUGGACCGCCACCUCCACCAUUGCCUCAUGGUCAUACGAAUAGGCCACGAUUUGAUAAUCAUUUUCCACCUUUUGAACCAUAUCAACGUGGGCCACCGCCGAAUCGUUUUCAUCGUGAACCACGGAUGCAAAAAUCACAUAAUCCAUAUGCAUACAGAAAUUUGGAUCAGCAAAGAAAUCGUAAAUUUGCCCGUCCAGAAACAAUGAACGAAGUUAAUGAACUUAGAAUGGGAAAUUUAGAAAUCAAUGAUGAAUAUGAAAAAAAAUCUAAUGAUCGAAACAGUGAAGAAUCAUUGAUAAACAUGGUGACUGAUGCAAAAAAACGUAAAUCAGAUCCAGAUUCGGCAAGAAAUCGAAUCGAACUGAUCAAUGAAGAAUGUAAAUUCAAUCUAGAUAAUUCCAAACAACAGUUGAAUAUAUUUUUUCAGAUCAAUCGAAUCAAAGCGGAUUAUGAAUUUAGUUCUUUUGGACCACCGCAUUUAAAAACAUAUGUGGCAAAAUUGAAAUUUUUUGUCUAUAGAAAUAAGAAAGAAUAUAAGGCUGAAGAAAAAGGAAAUUCCAAACAAGAUGCAUCUCGUCAUUGUGCAUUGAAUAUUUUACAUAAACUUUAUAAAGAUAAUCUUAUUGGUAGUUUUGAUUCGGAAGCUCUAUCCAAACGACAGCUAAUGAAAAUGUCAUUGAUCUAUGUAUUGAACAUAAAACCCGAAUUAAAAGAACAUUUGGGACAAGCUUUUGCUUAUAUUCAAAGCUAUAAUCAUUAUGCACAACAAUUACAGCUUAUUAAUCCAACAUUGAAUACAGAAGAAGAACCAAUAAAACCUGAAAAUAGUUUUCUUUAUUGGUGUCCACCAAUGGAAAAUUUUAAUCCAUGGACAAAUUCGAAUCUGGAUGAUACAUCGUAUGCUGGAAAAACUAAACAACAGAUCAAUAUUGAAUUACAGAAUGAAUUUCAGAUAAUGAUUAAAUCAACAAAAUUUCAAAAUGUUCUUGGUUCACGAAUGAAAUUACCGAUUUGGGAACAUAAAGAAAAAGUCAUUCAUAUGAUUGAAAAUAAUCCGGUUGUUAUUAUAAAAGGAUCUACUGGUUGUGGUAAAACAACACAAGUUUCACAAUUUAUACUUGAUUCAUAUAUCAAAGCGGCUAAUGGUGCUAAUUGUAAUAUUAUUGUUACACAACCACGAAGAAUUAGUGCCAUUUCAAUAGCUGAACGUGUAUCAUUUGAACGUGGUGAAGAAUUAAGAGAGGGAAAAAAUUCCGUUGGCUAUGCUGUUCGAUUUGAUCAUGUUUAUCCACGGCCAUAUGGUUCGAUAUUAUUCUGUACUACUGGACAUCUUUUACGACGAAUACAAGGUGGCCUAAAAGGUGUUUCACAUUUGAUCAUCGAUGAAGUUCAUGAACGUGAUAUAAACACUGAUCUAUUAUUGAUUAUAGUACGUGAUCUUAUCAAAUUGGAUCUAAAUAUUCAUGUUAUCAUAAUGAGCGCUACAUUAGGUGUAUCACAUUUUCAAAAUUAUUUUAAUUGUCAUAAUGUUUUGGAGAUUGAUAGCCAUAUUUUUCCAGUUCGUCGAUAUUAUCUUGAAGAUACUGUCGAAAUGAUUAAAUGGCGACCAAAAUCACUUUCAUACAUGGAAGAUGAUGUUGAAAUUACUGAAGAGAUUGAAAAUUCUGGACAAUUUGAAUAUCCGGAAAAAAUUUCACAGAAUACGAUCAAUUUAUUAAAUGAAUUGAAAGAAGGUGUAAUAUGUUUUGAAUUAAUUGUUGCAUUACUUGAAUAUAUUAAUUCAUUAACAAUAACCGGAUCGGUAUUGAUAUUUUUACCCGGAUGGAAUUCUAUAUUCAAUCUAUUGAAUUAUCUACAACGGCAUCCUAUUUUUGGAAAUGAAAACAAAUUCAUAUUGUUACCAUUACAUUCACAAUUAUCACAUAAAGAUAAUAAUCGAAUAUUUUUACAUUCAAUACAGCGGAAAAUAAUUUUAUCAACAAAUAUUGCCGAAACUAGUAUAACGAUUGAUGAUGUUGUAUUUGUUGUCGAUACUUGUUUAAUGAAACGUAAAAUCUAUGAUUCACGAACAAAUUGUACAAGUUAUAUAAUUGAUUGGGUAUCACAAAGUAAUAUACAACAAAGGCAAGGACGUGCUGGUCGUGUACGAUCGGGUUAUUUUUUUGUUUUAUGUACGAAAAAACGAUUCAAUAUGUUGGAAGAAUUUAAGCGACCAGAAAUUCUUGUUUCAUCAUUAUUGGAAACUUCAUUAUUGAUUAAACAUCUUGGAUUUGGAUCGGUUACUUCUUUUUUGGAACGAGCACUUGAUCCACCAUCACCAAAAGCUGUUGAAGAAGCAUUAGCUACUUUACGUAUAAUAAAUGCUAUGGAUACGGCAAACGAUCUAACUGCUUUGGGAACAAUUUUAGCUAAAAUGCCUAUUGAUCCAAGAAUUGGGCGUAUGGUUAUCGAAAGUAUAUUAUUGAAUGUUGCAUCUCCAAUUGUCACUAUUGCUGCUGCCAGUUCAAUCAAUUACGAAAUGUUUGAUAAUUCUGAUUUGAAUCUAUUAUUGCAAACAUUAUUACAAUUGGAUGAAGAACGAUUUUCCGAUCAUUUGAUUACGUUCAAAGUAUUUAGCAUGUGUGAUCAGAAUGAUAAGCCAAAAUCGAACGCUUAUCGUUGUAUCAAUUUAAAUUCAGUAACAGUAGUACGAAAUGCUCGAAAACAAUUAGUUUCUAUUCUAUCCAAAUGUGGUUUCAAAGAAGAAAUAUUUGCUAUAAAACCAUCAUAUCGUUAUACAGCAGCUGAAUUCGAUAUAAUUGCCGGUUUAUUGGUGACAGCAUUCUAUCCAAAUGUUUGUAUACAUAAAGAUACUCGUCGUAUUUUGACCAAUGAAGAACGUAUCGGUCUAAUACAUAAAACAUCAGUUUUCUAUUCAUAUGUUAAUAAUCAGAAAUUAUCACGUUCAACUAAUCUUAAAUCACCUGUAUUUAUUUAUAGUGAAAAAUCACAGAAUAAGAAUCUAAUAUCAAGCAAACAAAUGACAAUGGUUACAUUUUUACAAUUAUUAUUGUUUGGUAUCAAAUCAUUUGAAUUUCCACCAAAUCCUGAAGGUAUCAAUACUAUUGCUGAUACCGUAUUGUUAGAUGGAUGGAUUGAAAUCAAAAUCGAUCCCGAAGUAUUUGAUUAUAUAUGGCAGAUUAAAACCGAAUUUGAACAAUUAUUAACAAGAGUUUGUAAGAAUCCGGAUUAUGUUAAAAACGAACUUGAUAUUACCAUUUUGAAUUCGGUGGCAGCAAUUUGUUUAUUUCAAAACAUUGAAAUUAACAUUAUUGGCAAAUGAAUUAACCACUCUUUAACAAUCUUUUCUAUUAAUCA